CUGCUUUCCGAUUUUGUUUUAUUUACACUUAGAAGAGUACAUAAAUUAAUAUCUGCAUUGUAUUUUGUUUUGUUUUCUUCUUUCUUUUCUGCCCACUUCUUCUAUUCCCCCACUAUUUUCUUGAAAUUUGUUGAAUUCUUCUGUCGUUUUUGUAAUAAAAAGACAAAAUUGAAACUGGGUUUUCUUACUCUUGAGUAAUCUUCAAAUGGGUAUCAUCUGAAUUGUUGGUUUGAGAUUUCAUUAAUGAUCCACUGUAAAAUUUUGUGAUACGUGAAACAGAUUGGCUAUUUUGUCAAUUGUUCUGGGCAUUUGUUGAAGAUUUCAAUACAAUCUGUGUUGCAGCAUUCUCAGUUUUACACUAUCGAUGAGACCAAUGGCUUCACGUACUCUGUCUCUAGCCACAAAUGAGAUUGAUUUCCUGAAGGACACACUUCAUGCUCAGCAAGAACUUCUACAGAAACUAUACACUGAAUUGGAUGAGGAGAGAGAAUCCUCUAGUGUUGCUGCUGAUGAAGCUUUAUCCAUGAUAUUACGCCUGCAGGGUGAAAAGUCAGCAAUGGGAAUGGAGGCAAGCCAAUAUAAGAGAAUUGCCGAAGAAAAGAUGUGUCAUGCUCAAGAAACACUUGAGAUUUUCCAGGAAUUAAUAUACCAGAAAGAAAUGCAGAUUGCUUCCCUUGAGUUUCAAGUUCAGGCAUACAGAUUUAAACUUCUAAGCAUGGGGGGUGAUGAUUUGGGUGUCUCUGAGAUGCAAUAUCCUGAGAACAUGUUGAGAAAAAAUGGGGUCUCAGAGGAAUCAAGUUCUCGUAGCUCUCUCAGACGGAAUAGUUCACUGCCACCUCUUCCAGUAAAUGCUGCUUUCAGUAGACGAUCUUCUAAUGAGGGAACGAAGUCUUCAGCCUCCUCUCCCCAUACAUUGCAGGAAAGCAGAGGUGCAGAACCUUCUUCUCGCAAGGAGCAAGGAGAUUUCAAUUCAUACUGGGAAGAUAUUAUGAAGUUAGAUGAGCGGGUGAAAGAGUUAGAUAAUCUUAAGGGCUGUCGUACUAAUGAUGUUUCACUAGCAAGUACCUUUGCAAUUCGGGAUCCCUCUCCAGAGAAUUCUCCCGCAAAAUCAGAUUUUCCAGAGUCUCCUGGAACUGCGAUUAGUGUUCAAGCAUGUGAAGGUUCUGCUUGCACAACGAGUGUUCAGGAUAUAUUUGAAGUACCAAUAUGCUCUUACAAUAGCCAAAGUGGUAGUUCUAACAAGAAACAAAAUGGCAAAUUGACAUUGGAAUGUGAUAAAAGGAAUGGAAAACUAGAUUUAGUCUGGGAUGAGAUCUGGAAGUCUGAUGUCAAGGACAACAUUGUUUGGGAGAAGAAACCAUUGCUAUCCCCUGAUACAACCACAAGUUCGCCUAAGACUAACGAAGCUGAAGAGAGAGAUUGGGAAAAGAAGCCGUUGCUGUCUUCUGGUGACAGUAAUGGCUCACCUAAACCAAAAGAUUGCAAGACUGAUAAAUCAUUGCUUUAUAAACACCCAACAAUUGGUGUUGCUGACUUUGAGCUUCAGCAAUUUAACAGAAGACUCAAGCAACUUGAAGAUCAAAGGUUUGUAACAAGGAGCCAUGAAUCAAAUGCUGAAAGAGCAGAAGAAGAGUUGAGAAUUUUAUGGGAGAUUAGGGAUAGAAUUGACUCAAUGCAGGCUGAAAUAACAAGCUGGAGGGCUAAGAAGCCUUUGCCUCCUGAAGGCCGUUCGCCUGGUUGCCUUAAAGAGGUGAUACUGUGCUUUUGGCCUUCUUGAUCAAUCCCCAAAUAAUCUUGGUAUGGUUUUCUCUGUUCCUUUUUACCUAGAGUCGAUACCUGGAAAAGGAUGCCGCGUAUUGCUUAGUUGAAUGUGAUUCGAGUUCUCAAGUGUGUAUAUUUUGUAUAGAUCCCAGAAUCUAUAUCACACAGAAAUGCUGCCUUGGAGGCGUGUUUCUUAUCUGUUAACCUUAGAUCGCACAUAUAAGAUAUAACCCCUUGAUAUUGAUUUUCUUUUCUUCAUUCCUAGAGUUGUGUAUAUUUCCUUCUCAUACAGAUAUGAGUAUACAAUUCAUUGGUGUAUAGUGUAAAAACUUUUUGAAGCCUCUUAGUAGUUUUUUCUUUUCCAUUGUGAGUAAAAUAUAACGUUUAUAUCUUAA